UAGUAAGUGACAUGCAUGCAUAGUUACACUUGCACACUCACUAUAAUAAUCAAACAAAUAUUAUAACCUUAGUAUACCAAACAACAAAAUGGGUGGUGCUAGUGUAAAUUUCUCAAUGGCACUAGUAGUAAUGACCCUAGUUGGUCUAACACCCUUAUCAGUUACCUCAUGCCCUUCCUCCGAAUGGGCAGCACUAAUGUCCUUCAAAGAAGCCCUAAAAGAGCCCUACCGUGGGUUUUUCCAUUCAUGGAGAGGCACCAAUUGCUGCUACCGCUGGCACGGCAUCACGUGCGACCCCACCACGCGCCGCGUAGCGGAUAUCACCCUCCGUGGCGGUGACAUGAUGACCGGCCACAUCUCCCCCUCCAUAUGCAACCUCACGCAGCUCUCCAGCAUCACAAUCUCCGACUGGAAGGGCAUUUCGGGAAACAUCCCUCCCUGCAUCACAAAACUCCCUCUCCUCCAAAUCCUUGACCUCUCCGGCAACCUCAUCCACGGCCAAAUCCCCUCCGACAUAGGGCGCCUCACGCAACUCACCAUGCUCAACCUCGCAGACAAUCACAUCUCGGGAAAAAUCCCGAACUCCCUCGUGCACCUCUCCAACCUCAUGCAAUUGGACCUUCGCAACAACGCCAUCCAAGGCCCAAUUCCAAUGGACUUGGGGCGGCUCAAAAAACUCAACCGGGCCUUAUUAAGUCAUAAUCUCAUAACGGGCCGAAUUCCAAGGUCAAUUUCAGAAAUCUACGGGCUGGCCGAUCUGGACCUCUCGCUGAACCGGUUGUCCGGUUCGAUUCCGGCUUGGUUGGGCCGAAUGGCGGUUCUGGACUCGCUGAACCUGAAGUACAACAACUUAACGGGGAAUAUUCCGUGGACGGUGUUGGGGUCGAGAAUGAGCCACGUGGAUCUGAGUCGAAACGCGUUGAGUGGGCGCAUACCGAACUCGUUCGGAGAGGACUCGUAUUUCAUAAGCCUUGAUUUGUCGUAUAACAAUUUGAGGGGUUCGGUUCCUAAGUCUAUGGCGUUGGUCAAUUACAUUGGCUACUUGGAUUUGAGUCAUAAUAACUGUCUCUGUGGGCGCAUGCCACGUGGCGUGGCCUUCAACCACCUUCAACCGCUAAAACCAUGCUCUCGUGCCUCUGGUCGCAUGCAUGCGUGAGUCAAAUAUGAAAUACUAUCUUUGUUGUUGUGUCUUUGUGUGUUCAAUAUCAGAGGCUUGGGUUUCAUCGUUCAGCAGCUAGCUUUGCAUGUCAUUCAACUUUGUUUGUCGUCAAAUUAACUAAAUGUGUACUUCAAAAUAGCAAUUCAUUUUCUUCUUCUUCUUCUAAA